GUCAUAUUGAAAACAAACCCUUAACCAUUCCAAAAGAUAUUGAUCUUCAUCUGGAAACAAAAUCUGUAACAGAAAGGGACACUAUUGAUAGUGACUGAAUAGAAGCAAAACUGGUCAUAAAUGAGAAAGCAGGUAGUAGGGUUUAAGUCUUCAUGAGUGACUUUUCAUGGCAGUGUUGUGGAAAGGGAUGAGUCAACGAAAUCCAGCAUAAAGCACAGCUGUUGUAUCUGGUGUCCAUAGCAAUAUGAUACAACACUGCAAGAAUCACAUCACAGUCUAUUCAAAAUAGAGUUUCUAGCUUUGUGCAAGAAAAUAACAAUUGGCAGAUGUCAAGUCAUACUUUCUGCUCAUCUAAAAUAGGAAAUGUGCUGUAGCAUUGGAACCUAAACCCUUUCAGCCAUACAUCUCAAGCAUUCAGCAUUGCAUUACUUUCCAGAAUAUCAGUGGUUGGUGGAUUUCACUGUUGCAGCUACAGUUGUGUAUGUGGUGACAGAAGCCUAUUACAGCAUUAUGAAGCCUUCUCAAGAAAUGAAUAUCAGCAUCGUGUGGUGUCUGCUUGUCUUGGCUUUUGCAGUUAAGGUACUGUUUUCGUUGACUACCCAUUAUUUCAAAGUUGAAGAUGGAGGUGAAAGAUCAGUCUGUGUCACCUUUGGUUUUUUCUUCUUUGUGAAAGCAAUGGCAAUACUUAUUGUGACAGAAAACUAUCUAGAGUUUGGAUUAGAAUCAGGAUUCUCGAAUUUCUCAGAAAGUGCUAUGCAGUUUCUUGAAAAACAAGGUUUGGAAUCCCAGGGUCCUGUGUCCAAACUAACCUUCAAAUUGUUCCUGGCUGUUCUGUGUUCACUUAUUGGUGCUUUUUUGACAUUCCCUGGCUUGCGACUGGCUCAGAUGCAUCUGGAUGCUCUGAAUUUAGCAACAGAAAAAAUAACACAAACAUUGCUACAUAUAAACUUCUUGGCACCUUUAUUUAUGGUUCUACUGUGGGUAAAACCAAUCACUAAGGACUACAUUAUGAGCCCACCUUUGGGCAAAGAGAGCAUUCCUUUAAUGUCAGAGGACACAUUUGAUACCGUCAGAUUGUGGAUUAUAAUCAUGUUGUGCAUUUUACGGUUGGCUAUGAUGCGUCAUCAUUUACAGGCCUAUCUGAAUUUAGCCCAGAAAAGCGUGGAUCAGAUGAAAAAGGAAGCUGGUAGAAUAAGUAUGGUUGAUUUGCAGAAAAUGGUAGCUCGAGUAUUCUAUUAUCUCUGUGUAAUUGCACUUCAGUAUGUUGCACCAAUGGUAAUGCUCCUUCACACAACUCUGCUCUUGAAAACACUAGGUAAUUAUUCUUGGGGCAUCUACCCAGGACUGAAUUCUGACACUCCAGUAGAAAACAGUCUGCUUCCCAAUUCUGUUUAUUCUGAGUCUCCACCUGCUGAUGGAAAGAUGAAAGUAACUGUAGUACAAAUAACAAUGGCUCUGGGAAGCCUAAAGAAUAUUUUCACUCCUCUCCUGUUCCGGGGACUCCUGUCUUUUCUCACCUGGUGGAUUGCUGCUUGCCUAUUUUCAACAAGCCUUUUUGGGCUCUUCUAUCACCAGUACCUGACUAUGGCGUGAACAAGUCAACUGACAGAGCAAAUGUGAGGUCAAAUACUAGAUGCAAACCCAGGUAUCCAAGAGGAGAUGAAGAGAAACCUAUAUAUGUGAAGAGAAAACAUAUCAUAAUUAUUUUUAAACACUUCCUUGGUGUUCUCAGGGUGAAUAAUCUUAAAAUGUUUAAAAUUUCAACUGGGUUUGUUAUUUUUGUUACCCAAAUGGUAGGUAACUAAUUCAGUUAUAGUCCUGGGAUUGACUGACAUUAUUGUGUUGUAGAUGUUGGUAAGCAUGCUGAAAAGAUGUGACCUCUGAGUAUCUUGGUUUCCAUAAACAGCAAGCCAAACUCAAAAAUUUGCUUUUUAAGCAUCAACAGUCACUGACUGAACUGCAUUCAAAGGGUACUGGACAUAGUGAUGGUGGCUGCCUAUCAAUUAAGUCUUGAAACUGAGCCAUACAGUGAAAGGAGAGAGAGGGGAUUUUAAAAAAAAAAAAUCUGUUGGAUAGCUAUUGAUCACUUUUCUCCUUGGAAAAUGAAAAAAUCCAACAGGACUAAAGAGAUACUGUAUAUUACAGUAAGGAAAGUUGUAUAAAAUAUAAAUUUAACAGGAGUAGAUGUAUGUACCUGGCAGGUAUUGCUGCCUACAUAUUUUGCAGGAGUGCUUGUGCAGUAAGAAGAGAGUUAUAACAAAUACAUUAUUUCAGUCCCUGAAGUCAUUUUGAAGUAAUGGCCAUCUGUAUUGGUGCUAGUAUUGAUCCACAGAUUGCAUCUGGAUCUUUUAAAUUUCUUCUUUUGAUGUAGUAGAUAAAUUCCAUUGAAUUUACAAAAGAAUAGAAAAUAAUUAGUGACACCAGUCAAACAUUUCUAAACAAAACAGUUUAAUCCUGCUGACUGAUGGAGUAUGUGUAAUAUGUGUAAUGAACAUAUAAAUAUAUAUUAUAUAUUAAAUAUAUAAUAUAUAUGAAGGUAUGAAAUAUGGAAUCUUUAUUUUAAAUUCCUGAAUGUAUCUUACAGGGCUGUGGGAAAGGGUUAUAUGUGUAUCUAGUAAUUUCAAGAUUCCCUUUUGAAAUUAAACUAAAUUUUUUUCUUCUUUUUUUUAUUUUUUUUUUUUUAGUUCAGGUGGAAGGGCUAUUUGGGUUUUGUACCUCUUUAGAGGUACUUAGCUAUACUGAAGAACUUACACUGUCUUGGAAGAAAAGAUCUACUUGAACUGUUAAUCUUAAAAUUUCUCCUCCGUCAAAUCAUCUUUUGCCAAUUUAAUCUGUGCUAACUUGACCGUAUAAUGAUAAUUAAUAUAUCUUGGCUUCAGAAAUAGGUUUUCUGUAUAAUAAAACAGCUAUGUAAUAAGAAAAAGAGCAAAGUACUAACUUUACAGUUUUUGCUUAACUGGAGAGAUAGGUUCCAAUCAUAAAAUUAAUGACGUUUUUUUCAGAUGUUUUGUGUAUUUGCAAAACAGAAAUGGGGAUUUCUAUGUAAUAGCUUUUUUAAACAUUAUACUUUGCAGAAGUCAGUGGGUUUUUUAACUAAUACUAGCUGAUUUUAUGUUACUGUUCUUUUUCUCUUGAAUUUGUGUACAGCUUUGACAUAUAAUAAGCAUUUAUAAAUGGAAAAGCUUAACUAAAUAUUUAAUAUGUAGCAAACCUACCAUAUGGGAAAACAAACUCAAUGAAUGCAGAAAAUCAAGAUUUUAAGCUGGUGAUAAACUAUUUUACUGUGUUGAAAACAUUUUAAGUUAUUUAUUAGUUUAUUAAGUUGCGUUUUUGGGGGAAGGAUUUAUGUACACCAGCCUAAUACCUACUGCAUGCAUUUUGGAUGUCAGAGAACACCUUGCAUGACACUACUGGUUUCAUUGCAGUAUUUCAGUGUGACUGGGGCUGCAAGCUUUGUUGUUUUCACACCAACUUUUUUUAACUAACAAGGAUGAAGGCUUAACUGUGAAUUGGCUUAAAGGAUAAUAUUUGACCUCAUAAUUUCAAAUCUCAAAGCAUUCCCAGGAAGUAUCUUUCAGAUGAAUAAUUGAAUGACAAAAUAUGACAAGUCCAACAAUACUGGACCCACUUUUGUAUUAGUUCAAGAUAUAUCAUUACUACAAGAUACAACAUCGCUAAUAUAAUUAAUAAGUCCAGCUUUUAGGUUAGAGUUAAGUGUUCAAUGCCAAUCUUUUGUUCAGAAAAAUAAAACAGUGCAAAACAUUUGAUUCUGAUAGUGAACUUGCCUGAUGAAGCUCAUUAUAUAGGAGAUGUAACCUGUUGUUACAAUCUGGAGUAAAUUUUGGAUACUUAAGAAUAUUUCAAACUAAUAUUAAAAAGUUUCUGCUGAUACAGUCAUUCUGAAAGCUCAUAAUCAAAAGUGAACUGCAGUUAUAUAAUAAUGCAUUCAGCAGAGGUAAUAACUGGAUCAUGUACCUGAACUUCACAAAGCUUUUGCUAAGAGCAUAUGGCACCUUACUAUUCAGACAUCACACUGAUCACCGUGAAAAAUAGGCACCUGGUGUUAGAAACAUGAGGAUCUGUGCUUGUAGCCACUGUGCUGUUUCAUUGUUCUACAGAACUGAAUGCUUGACCUCCUGGUCAGCAGUGAGGGCAAGGUAGUCUUUCUUUUGAUCCAUUCAAUCCUGUCAUGAGUCCGCAAGGCUUAUGGAAAACUAAAAUAUGGCAAUAAAAGCCUUUGAAACAUAUGGUGACAGUGAAACCAGAGGGACCAUAUUGCUAAAGUUGUGAGCAGUGCUUCCUACAAGUAUGUGAUAUGAUCAAAAAUGUGUUUUAAAGUAGCAACCAUGGUAGUCCUGACUUCAUGUGUAUUGUGUGAGGUUCAAAGGAAAAUCUGCUCACUUCUGUAGUAAGUUCCUUUGAAACAGCAGCUGGCAAAUGCUUUUAUUGUUUGUUUGGUUUUUUGUUUGUUUCAUGGAAACCUUUAUCAGCACCUGUCAAUGGAGGGAAAUAAUCUUGCAGAAAUGGAAAAGCAAGUAAAACGUGACUGAAAGGUU